AUGACGCCGCCGCAAGAUGCCACGCCGAAACCGCCAACGUACCCGGCCGACGUGGAGGCGUCCAUGAUACUGCCUAAACAGCGCGCCUCGCCUGCUUCCUCGCUUGCCUCUCUCCCGUAUCGCAGAUCCAACCCAAGCUUGUCCAAGCUCUUUGAAUCCACGACGAGCCUAUCGACUCUGCGCCCCAGCUCCGCCUCUGGCACCGCGACACCGACUGCGACCACAGUACCCGGCUCCGUGUUUUCACCUGGAUCGAGGGCUGGUGGGACUGGGACGCCGAGCAGCCUGCCCCCGGGCGUAUCAGACGAGUACAGGACGCUCAUACAACGAGCCUUUGUGCCAUCCGUGGCUGUCCUGGCCGAUGCGCAGACCGAGGAACUAGUUCGGGCAAAGGGCGUUGAGGGAGGACUACUACAGCUUUUGCGACCUUUUGGCGAAUCAGUGCCUGGCAAAGUCACCAUAAGGGAUAGCAAUGGGGCAAGCAAGAGCUGGGAGGAUUUUGGUGUGCGCUUCGUGGGCGUCGACGAUGCCUAUCCAGAUGUACGUGUGGAUGCAGUUGGUCAGAGAACGUCCUCCAGCUCUCUGCGACGGCCCAGACGGACGGGAGGCGAUGUAGCGCAAAUCGAAGAGCUGGUAGACCGCCACUUGCAGUAUUCCGAGUUCAAUCGCCAUGACCCCGUGUCCGACUACCUGAACAAGGGCGAGCCGGCGGCACACUCUGAGAGCACAUCAUCACCCUUCUACUCCCUUUACCUGCGGCGACUGCUCUCUGGACUACCGGUCGUACCCCAUGAGACAUUCUCACACCCAGUGGCCGGCAUCAUAGCGAUCAGUUCGCGCAACCCACAUCCGAUUGAGGAACUGCGGACCUUGUACAACAGACAGCAUGAUGGAGAUUUACGCUUUCCACAAUGGGUGGAAAAUGAUUUCUUACGAUAUUAUGUGCUAAUUCAUGACGAAGAAACAGGAGACAUUGCAAAAUCAAACCAGACGUUCGAUUCGAUGAAACGACAUUUUGGAUUGCACUGCCAUCUACUGCGACUGAAGAGCCAGCAAUGUAUACCCUCUGACGAUGACAGCGUGCGGCUACCGACUUGUGAAUGGAUGUCUGCGUCAGAAGAGCUAGCAGAGAUUCAGAGACGAGAAACCACAGACGACAUCACCGACCCAGCUCCCUACUUCCCCGACUCAGACAUAAGCAGCCUCCGUACCUUUAUACGCGAAUUAGUUACCCAAUCCAUAAUCCCUAACAUGGAGCGCAGCGUUUCCACAUGGAACGAGCAAAUCCUGUCCCGCCGUCGGGGGCUCAGCGGCCGCUUCAUGUCCCUCUCCAAACGCUGGACACCGUUUGGUUCCUCCCGAAACUCCUCCGCCUCCUCCACUAGCUCACCAAACUCCAACUACGACAGCUUACAGGGAUUCUAUAGACCGGAUGCACCGGAGGCAAUCAUGAGGCGACUGGCGGAUUAUUGCUUUAUGUUGAGGGAUUGGAAGCUAGCGUUGAGCACGUAUGAGAUUCUGAGAACAGACUUUCAGAAUGACAAGGCGUGGAGGCAUUACGCUGGAGCUGCAGAGAUGGCUGCUCUAUCUACUCUAAUGGCACCCACCCCUCUAUCGUCCAAAUCCCGGUCAGAGAAUAUCGAUACGUGGAUUGAGGCUGCAUCGUACUCAUAUACGGACCGCCAACGCAGUGCAGCACCAUACUACGCAUUACGAACCCUCAUGCUAUCCUUCGAACUCCUGCGUUUGCGAGGUUCGAGUGCUGCGGAUGAUGCAGCGCGGUGGGCAACCCGUAUACUAGAGACCAGACUCGUUGGCCCAAUAGGCCAUGUGCUCAUUACAGAGCGAAUAUCAGCUUGCUACUCGAUACGCACAGGCGUUGGAACAUAUAGACUCGGUAGCAGAAGGCGCAAAGCAGCGCUCUGGGCUGUAUUGGCAGCGGAGAACUGGCGGCAUCUCGACAAAUCAUUCCCAGCGGAAAAAUGUCUGGAUACCGCACUCCGGUUGUACAAUCUACAGGUUGACACCCAGGAUGGCGGGAUGGUGAAGCUGCCUUUUGAAGAUAUGCAGGGCUUUUUCGAUGAAUUGAGGCAACAGAUUAUGAGUAUUCGGCUAUCAAACCAAGGGUACACUGCCGAAGAGGACGGCCAGGAAGAGGACGACAGGCAGAGUCCAGACGUCGAAGUAGCGACGGAAACGUUGGACACGAGUCCAAGGGCGCACAGGAAGAGCUUUAUUGGUGCUGUAGCACCUCCAAUAGACGUUGGAUCACUUAGUCCAGCGCUCGAGAGGAAGGAGGAUGUAGAUUCGAAGAGCGAAGGGUUUGAGUAA